AUGGUUUUAUGUAGUUUAUACUACGAAGAUUUUCGUUCUCAAUACAUUUCUGUGUUUACUAAUUGUGUGAUUUGUAAUGAACCGAUAGCUCGACACGAACAUGACCCUUCAUCAAGAAAAUCCGAUGAUAUCGUUACAUCACCAUUGAGUUCAGCAUCAUCUACCGUCACAACACCAAUACGAACAGACAAACACCCUAUCAAUAACACAGUAUAUUCUGCAACAGCACUAUCAUGCAAAUCUUCUUCUUCAUCAGUAAACUUUAAUAGUGCUGAUGAUGUAUUAGUGUGUCCAGACUCCUUGUCACCAAUAACGCUAAUAUCAUUAAGUCCAAAUAUCAAAGAUUUUGUAAAUUGUAAAGCUCGGUUGAAUUACACAGAAGCAGUUCAUUUAUUUAAACGGAAAACUCGUGCUGAGAAAGCAUCAUCCUCAAGCGAUCGGUCAAGAAAAAUUUAUGUGGCAAUAACAUGUGUAUUACCUAGUUACACAGCAGAAGUCGAACAAGCAUUAAGAGAAGCUUCACUUCAAACAUCAGCAAAUGGUCGUAACUGGUAUUUAACGAAAGCAUUGGAAAUUCAAGGUUUGGUUGAUGUCAGACCGGCACCUAAACAAAGCGCUCAGUCAAUUUUAGGAUCUCCAUUGGAUAAUUCAUCCAUGUUAUUACCUCUGAAUCUUGAUUAUAAAAAAGCACAUGAAGUGAAUCAAUUGGUUCUAUUCCAUUUUAAUGAUACUAAUGAAAAAUUUAGUAUUCAUAUAAGAAACGCAAUAGUUGAUGUACAAUAUAAAUGGCCACGAAAUUUUCAAUCAAAUAACGCAAAUGAUAUGAUUGUCGAAGUGAAUAAAGAACAAACUUGGAAACAAGUGAUAACUCGCGUGAAAAGUCUAAACUUGGCUCAUUCAAAGCUUAAAACCAAGCUUAAACCAUUCAAAGGGAGAAAUAAUAAUUAG